AUGGCGAUUAAAGUUUUGAUUAACUUGUACCAGAACAGGUUUCUCGGACUUGGACGAGCAGCAAUGGCAUCCCCGUCACGUUCGUCCCAGAACCGCCCGCGUUGUAAGCACCCGAUCCGCCACAGCUAUAAUCCCGAGCAGUUCCCUAACGUCAACUUCCAGAACGGCUUUCCUGAGGUCGUGGCGACUAUGCACCGCUCGACCAGCGACACAGACCUGGUGACGUCACACAGCCGUUCAACGCUCACCGUCAGCACCUCGCUCUAUGCCAUCGGUCAGACCCAGGACAUCCUCAUCUGCUGGGACAUCAAGGAGGAGGUGGACGCUGGGGACUGGAUUGGCAUGUACCUCAUCGAAGAAGUUUCGUCUGAGAACUUUCUAGACUACAAGAGCCGCGGAGUGAAUGGUUCACACAAGGGCCAGAUAGUGUGGAAAAUUGAGGCCAACUCCUAUUUUGUGGAGCUGGAGACCAAGAUCUGUUUUAAAUACUACCAUGGUGUGAGCGGGGCCCUGCGAGCCACCACCCCCAGUUUGACUGUGAAGAACCCCUCAGUUCCGGUGUUUAAGCCCGUCACAAGUGAAGAAGUUCCCCAGAGCACAGGCAGCAGAAGACUCAUUAGCUUCUCCCUCUCAGAUUUCAACGCCACGGGGCUGAAGAAAGGGAUGUUCUUCAACCCUGACCCCUACCUGAAGAUCGCCAUCCAUCCCGGCAGGAACAGCAUCUUUCCAGCGCUCCCACACCACGGUCAGGAGAAACGCUCCAGCAUCGUCUGUAACACCAUCAACCCCCGCUGGCAGAGAGAGCGCUUCAACUUUGUGUCUCUGCCCACGGACGUUCUGGAGAUCGAGGUGAAAGAUAAGUUUGCCAAGAGUCGUCCCAUCAUCAAACGUUUCCUGGGCAAGCUGUCCAUGCCUGUGCAGCGGCUACUGGAGAAGCAUGCUAUUGGUGACCGUGUGGUCAGCUACACACUGGGCCGAAGGCUGCCGACGGAACAUGUCAGUGGACAGCUGCAGUUCAGAUUUGAGAUCACUUCCUCCAUUCAUCCAGAUGAUGAGGACAUGUCUCUCAGCACGGAGCCUGAGUGUGCCGCUGUGCAGGAGAACCAAGGGGAUGGCCAGUCCUCCCAGGCCCAAGGCCAGGCAGAGGACACCAUGAGCCUGGAUCCAGGGGCUCCUGAACUCCCCAUGGAUGAGGAGGAAUAUACUGGAGCUCCAGAACUCCCUAUUGGAGGGGAUACAGAUACUGACACUCCUAUGGAGGGGGAUCCAGCAAGGUCUUCGAGUUCAAAGCAGCCCACAGAUAGAGAUGGAGACUCAGCGCCUGGCUGUUCCAGAGCCGAGGCCCUAAAAACAGAGGCGGUUGUGACUGUAGCUGUUUCUGCAGAGAAGCUACCCACGGUAGAGGAGAACAGUGAGGAAGGGGACCAGCAGACCCCCACUAGUCCUCAGCCUGCUGUCCCAGAGGAGCAGAGGGCUGUUGGGCAGGAGGCUGAAUGGGCAGAUGGGGUGGAAAGUGCCCCAGUAGAGGGUCAGUUCAGCUCUGCAGUACACUCUGCUGUAGUGCAGGACAUGGAGAGUGCAGCGUUUGGAGCCUCUCGAGGGCCAGCAGAACAGCAGGCAGUGGGGCAGGAAGAGGGAGACGAGGACUGCUGCUCCCUGCGCGUCAGGACCACCCCUAGACGUAAGAACCGGCCCUGCUCCCUGCCUGUGUCCGAGCUGGAGACAGUCAUCGCCUCGGCUUGCGGGGAGCCUGAAACCCCUCGCUCACACUACAUCCGCAUCCACCACCUCCUCCACAGCUUGCCCUCUGCCCAGCCAGAAACCCAGGAGGACGGGGAGGGAGAGCAGGCUGAGGCUGAGAUGGAGUCCGACUUGGACCCAGAUCCAGACCCAGACAAAGGCCCUGACCAGCUAAGCCCCAGGGACCAGGAUGGCUCAGAAGAGGAUGAGAAGGCCGAGCCCCUGACCCCUGGCCCAAGGAGGACCCUGCCCCGCAGCCUGUCCAUUGAGCGUCUGUCCGACCUGGCCCUGCUGCUGGACAGCAAGGGCCGCCACCCCCAGGGCCAGGUCAGGGGUCACCAGAGAGUGUCCGACGAGGAUGACAUGGAGCCCUGCUGUAGUAGCUCAUGCUACGAGGGCCGAGUAGGCCACACCCGGACACCUCUACUGGCUGCAAGCAGGACAUCUGAGGGGAGCAGUGCUUUCUCCUCCCAAGAGGAUGAGGACAUGGAGGUGAGUGGGGCAGAGAGCAGGGAGCCAGGGGAUGGCAUGCCCCAAUGGCAAGAGGCCCCAUCCACGCAGGUCCAGAGCCCCCAGAGCUUCAUGGGAAAUGGAGAGUCACCCGUGGCUGGUCCCAGUGGGAGGUUAGGACGAGAUUGUCCCUUACCUUCCAGUCAUCCUCCAGUUAGCCAGCUUCCUGCUCUGCGUCCUGAUUCUCAUCACUACCCCACCAUCGAUGAACCACUGCCACCAAACUGGGAGGCACGUGUGGACAGCCAUGGUCGUGUGUUCUAUGUGGACCACAUCAACAGGACCACCACGUGGCAGAGACCCACUUCAGCAGCCACGCCCGACGGCAUGAGGAGGUCCGGAUCCGUUCAGCAGAUGGAACAGCUCAAUAGAAGGUACCAGAGCAUCCAGAGGACCAUGGCCACAGACAGGAGUGAGAAUGAAGAAAGCAGAAGCAGGAGUGAGAGAAGAAGCCUCAACAACAACAGCAGUGAGACUGACUCUCCUCCAAUGGCUAAUGAGCUGAGAAGAGACAGCUCCUCCUCAUCAUCAUCAUCUCCAGUCAACAGUCAGAAAAUCACAGCUCUGCUACAGAGCCCAGCAGUGAAGUUCAUCACACACCCAGAGUUCUUCACUGUCCUCCACGCCAACUAUGGGGCCUAUCGCAUGUUCACCAGCAGUACGUGCCUGAAGCACAUGAUCCUGAAGAUUCGUAGAGAUGCUCGUAACCUUGAGAGGUACCAGCACAACAGAGACCUGGUCACCUUCCUCAACCGCUUCACUGACGCCCAGCUGGAACUGCCUCGGGGCUGGGAGAUCAAGACUGACCCUCAGGGCAAGAACUUCUUUGUGGACCACAACAGCCGGGCGACCACAUUCAUCGACCCCAGAAUCCCCCUGCAGAAUGGUUGCCUUCCCAACCACCUGACCCACAGGCAGCACCUGCAGAGACUACGCAGCUACAGCGCAGGAGAGGCCUCUGAGGUCUCCCGUAGUCGAGGUGUGGCCUUGUUGUCACGGCCAGGGAACAGUGUGGUGACAGCAAUACGGAGUCAGCAUCCCCCAGACCCAGUGCCACAAGCUUAUAAUGAGAAGAUAGUGGUCUUCCUGCGUCAGCCUGGAAUACUAGAAGUACUAACGGAGCGCCAGCCAGCCCUGUCCAGGAACCAUUCCCUGAGGGAAAAGAUCCACUACAUCAGAACAGAGGGCACCCAAAGACUGGAGAAACUGGCAUGUGAUGCAGACCUGGUGAUACUAUUGAGCUUGUUUGAAGAGGAAAUCAUGUCAUAUGUUCCACCCUCCUUCCAUCCUGGCUUCAGCUUCUCUCCUCGUUGUUCACCUGGGUCUUCACCACAGAAUUCUCCAGGAAUGUCAAGAGCGAGAGCACCUGCCCCGUACCGGAGAGACUUUGAGGCCAAACUACGCAACUUCUACAGGAAACUGGAGGCUAAAGGCUAUGGCCAGGGCCCAGGAAAAAUCAAGCUUAUUGUCCGGAGAGACCACCUGUUGGAGGGUACCUUUAACCAGGUCAUGGCCUACUCACGCAAGGAACUACAGAGGAAUAAGCUCUACAUCACCUUCAUAGGGGAGGAGGGGCUGGACUACAGUGGGCCGUCCAGAGAGUUUUUCUUCCUGCUGUCUCAGGAGCUGUUCAACCCCUACUAUGGCCUGUUUGAGUACUCAGCCAACGACACGUACACCGUCCAGAUAAGCCCCAUGUCUGCCUUCGUAGAGAACCAUCUGGAAUGGUUCCGGUUUAGUGGGCGUAUUUUGGGACUGGCGUUGAUCCACCAAUAUCUCCUGGAUGCCUUCUUCACGCGGCCCUUUUACAAGGCUCUCCUCAGACUAGCCACUGACCUGAGUGAUCUGGAGUAUCUAGAUGAGGAGUUCCAUCAGAGUCUACAGUGGAUGAAAGACAAUGACAUCACUGAUGUGCUGGACCUUACCUUCACUGUGAAUGAGGAAGUCUUCGGACAGGUAACAGAGAGAGAGCUGAAGUCUGGAGGGGCCCACAUUAAUGUGACAGAAAAGAAUAAGAAGGAGUACAUUGACCGCAUGGUGAAGUGGAGGGUGGAGAGAGGAGUGGUCCAGCAGACAGAGGCACUGGUCAGAGGCUUCUAUGAGGUGGUGGACUCACGGCUGGUGUCAGUGUUCGAUGCCAGAGAGUUGGAGCUGGUCAUUGCUGGGACAGCUGAGAUAGACCUCAAUGACUGGAGGAACAACACAGAGUAUAGAGGAGGCUACCAUGACAGCCACAUAGUGAUCCGGUGGUUCUGGGGGGCAGUGGAGCGCUUCAACAAUGAGCAGAGGUUGCGUCUGCUGCAGUUUGUGACGGGCACCUCCAGUGUUCCCUACGAGGGCUUUACCGCACUACGGGGCAGCAACGGCCUGCGACGCUUCUGUAUCGAGAAGUGGGGCAAGAUCACCGCUCUACCCAGGGCACACACAUGCUUCAACCGACUGGAUCUCCCUCCGUACCUUUCCUACACCAUGCUCUAUGAUAAACUGCUUAUUGCUGUGGAGGAAACCAGCACCUUUGGCCUUGAGUAAAGGAGAAAGACAUUGUGCAUCCCAAAUGGGACCCUAUUACCUGUAUAGUGCCCUUAGUAUUGCACUAGGGCAAGGGAUCAUCAACUAGAUUUAGCCGCGGGACAAUUUUUUAUUGAGGGGAUGGUCAGGGGGCCGGAACAUACUGUAAUUACAAAUAAUUUGUAGACUGCAAAUUGACCACAAGCAUCCCAAACAGAUAUAAUAUUUCACUAAAACAAUCACUUCAAACGUUGCUUACAUUUGUAUUAGAUCACAAUAUCUCGCUAUUAUGUGUGGGAAUACUUUGGAACAGAUUUCCAAAGUUAAAAUUACUUGGAGCUGAUUUGCUGGUGUUUUUACAGUCUUUUAUGUCCAUGUAAAUAACAUCAUGUGCGGAACCCUGCACUAGGGAAUAGGGUUCCAUUUGGAAAGCAGUCAAGAUCUUACUUUCGAAUCCUGUGCCUCAGGACCGGGGAUUCUACUGUUUGCAACACUCCCUUUUUACUGUACAUUUCAAUACAACAGCCAGAGGACUGUACAUUUCUCUUUUUUAACAAUCUAUGUACAGUGUACAAGAAAAAGGAAAAGCCAACCACCACCGCAUGCAUUACUCACCUAUUACAAUGUACCUUUGUUAAGGGGAUAUUGCAUAAAGUAACCAAGCUGUAUGCAAUAGCUCUUAUUUGGCCUCAGCCUAUAACAGUACUCAGGGCCAUGACUCAACAAAUCACACCAACGAAUCGGCUAGUCCAUCUCUGCACCAACAGCCUCAGCUAGCUUCAUCACAAUCUAUCACCAAUCACAACCACAAUUAUCACUAAAGAAAUGCCUCAAUUCACAUAAUAAGAGGGAGAACAAUGCCUCAAAAACUAUCACGUGAAGAACCACAACAACCAACAUUAUAUCAAAAUGUUGUGUUCCAACUUCAGCAAUUCCACUUCAAAUACUGCUGCGACUGGGAUUAUCCCAGGAUAGGACAUCAGCAAAGGACUGGCUCAUCAUCAGCUCUCAAGGACAAAAUGGCUGCUGAAGGGUAUUACUACUAAAAUAAUAACCAAAGCAUAUUGUCCAUAAAGAACUUCAAGUAAAUAUAAUUUUUACCAAGAUUUUGUGAACAUGUGAUAUAUCAAGAGAGAUUCCAAAAUAUAGCAAGACCCUCCCACAAUUGCAAAAUGACUGUUGGAGGAUUCUAAGGACAUUAGUUGUUACACUGCACUGUAACUGAAGUCAAAACGAUGUGUUAUCACUAAAUAUGUGGAAUUGAUGUAAACCUUGAUGUUGAUUGGGAAAUUAACACAAACCACAGUUUCACUGUAAGUGAUUAGAGUGAAGGGAGGUGAAGAAACCCACUUUAUUACCAAUGUCUGAUCAGAAGAAUAACUGUUUUGAUGUGCUCCAUGUGAAAACGUAUUUUUUACCCUCUUGAUUUUGAGAACCAUUUGAUGUUUACAUGAGAUGCGUUUUCUCUUGUUUCAACACAAUUCAGUCAGGAUAUUAUGAAUGUUUCAUAUCACAAAAUGUAUUUGUUUCAUCUGUAUAUGGUAGACUGCGAAUAACACCACACAUUAUUUUGGAAAUUUAAAAAUAUAUAUUUUAAUGUGUUUUUUACAAGAUCUUUUCAAGCAUGGAAAACACAAAAGGACAUAUUGAAGUUUUUUGUUAUCAUUUUCAAACACCAAGAGAGAAAUGAUUUGAAGUAAAUUUGCGGGUAUUGUGUUUAGAUUGUACUGGAUCUUAUUCUUCCUGAAUAAUUGUUGCACUUGUAAGGAGUUAACACUUAGUAAACUCACCUGAAAUAGGUAUACCACUAUUCAAACAAAAAUCGAUUCUAUUUUUAAAUGUAACAUCACUUGCAAAUAUAGUUUUUGCUGAAAUAAAUACGGUAGCAUAAAAUGCUGUUGACCUGUUACCGCUUGUGUUUUAGCAGAGUUAACAUGUUUGAUUUUGUUUCAGUUUAUGCCUGUAUGUCUACCCACAGUCAUAUGUGCUAUGACAUGAUGAAAAUGUAAUUGACUCAAAAUGGACGUCAUAUUGGAGUGUCUUUUGCCAGUUCCAGGUUGCCAUGCCACAUCCUUUAGGACAGACCCCACAGGGUUGCUUUAUUAAUUUACCCUCAUGUUGACAUUUAAUGCACAUAUGCUAUCGCGACUUUAUCAUAAUAGGAUAUGACAGCUGUUAUAGUCUGCAAAUGCCAUGCCUUAACAUGAAAACACUGUAUAUGACAACAUGCCACUGUCACACAGACAUAAGCCUAUAACUGAGUUGAUUGCAGACCAAUUCAAUAAUUAUAUAUGUCCCAUCUUUUCAUGUGCAUCGUUAUAGUAGUUUGAUAUUAGAAGAGAGACACCAGAAACUUACAUUAAACACUACUGUACUUACAUGACCUAUGUUUCUGAUCUAAUCUGUUCACUUUAUCUCGUGUUCCUUUCCUUGGACAACUAAGAUUCUGGAAUGUAUAGUGAGUGCAUUUACAGUUGCUAUUAUAAAAUUGAAAGGCUGUAAGAUAUACAGGAAAUGUAUAACAAUUUCUAAUAUACUCAGUAAGAUGUUCCUGAAAUCAUUUUGAAAUGACAAACUGUCAGAUAUACAGUACAAGAUUGAAGGGAGUUAUUCAUGUAUUUUUAUUUAUUUAUUUUCUACACUAUGUUUUUAUGCAGUAUGUUUAAGUUACUGUUGAAAAUGUGUCUCAUGCUAUGCACAUUUUGUGUGGCAAAGAUCAAGCAAUGCAAUUUUCAAACAUCAAUUUGUUGCCUAUUUUGAAAAUAUCUCACAUGAUAUUUCCUCUUUAAGAGAUGGCAGCUAGUGAACGUUUUACAACCAUUAUUUUGUUCUCAGAAACCGUCUGAGGUAUACAUGUUUCACUGUCUGUCCCCACUAUUGUCCUCCUAGAUUUUCUUGGCCCGACAGUAUUCUUUGGUUGUCUGUUGGGCUCAGUAAUUCUCAGGCUGCGCUUUCAAUUCAAGCAAAUAUACUGUUAACGAAUGUCAAUAAAAAAAUCACUUCGU